UCCAUUUCUUUUCCUUGGCACUUUGACUUUCUUCAACAACAUCCCAUCCCAUCCCAUCCCAUCCUCCGUUUGUCGAUUUAUCCAUCACACAAGACUCUACGUCUCGGUUCCGUUUUCUUUUAGUUUGAUAUUCACUAUCGACUCUCGCUUUGACUGCUCAGUCAGUCAUUAAUAGUUAUCGCAUCUACUCGAUAUUUGUCGCACCCGAACCUUCCUUGGGCGCGCCCCCAACCCUCGCUUUCUGACGUCGGCAUCUUCGCUCGUUCUUCUCGACGCCGCUCACUUUGAUUCCGCUCGGACUCAUCCACCAUGAAGUCCUUUUAUUCCGCCGGCGCAAUUGCGCUUUUGGCUUCAACGGGUCUUGUCAGCGCCCAGGUGUCGCCGUACAGCAUCUCAAGCACAGACGCCAUCAAGAAAUCAGCCAAGCAGCUCGCAGCUGAUUUGAUCGAAUACUACCACGGAAAUGACCCCGGUGGUAUUCCAGGUAUCCUUCCCGGUCCUCCUCCCAACGGCGACUACUACUGGUGGGAAGGUGGUGCGAUGUGGGGGACGUAUAUGGAUUACUGGAGGUGCACUGGCGAUACGAAAUACAACGACCUCGUCAUGCAGGGCAUGCAGUUCCAAGUCGGAGACGAUCAAGAUUACCAGCCCAGCAACGUCACUCUAUCUCUCGGAAAUGACGAUCAAGGCUUCUGGGGCAUGUCUGCCAUGUUGGCUGCCGAGUUGGCAUUCCCCAACCCUCCUUCAGAUCAGCCUGGCUGGCUAGCUCUCGCUCAAGCUGUUUUCAACACUCAGGCCAACCCUGACCGACACGACGAUACUUGUGGUGGUGGUCUUCGAUGGCAGAUUCCUCGAACAAACAACGGUUACGAUUACAAGAACAGUAUCGCCAACGGUUGUUUCUUCAACCUAGGUGCCCGACUUGCUCGAUACACGGGCAACAAGACCUAUGCCGACUGGGCUGAGAAGACAUGGGACUGGAUGGAGGGCGUUGGUUUCCUCGACCCCACCUCUUAUAAGAUUUACGAUGGUGGUCACGUUGGAAAGAACUGCACCGAUAUCAACAAGGCCCAAUUCUCUUACAACUCUGGUGUUUUCCUCCAGGGCGCUGCUUUUAUGUACAACCACACCGAUGGCGAGCAAAAGUGGGAGCAACGUCUCGAUAAGCUGGUUGAUGCUACCAUCUCAAACUUCUUCCCCAAGGAUAUCGCUGUUGAAAUCGCCUGCGAGAACCACGACACUUGCACCACCGAUAUGUACUCCUUCAAGGGCUACGUCCACCGCUGGAUGUCACAAGCGACCCAUCUUGCGCCUUUCAUCCGACCCAAGAUUCUCCCUGUCCUCGAAAAGUCCGCCCAAGCUGCCAUUGCCCAAUGCACUGGCGGAGACACUGGACGUGUGUGUGGUUUCAAGUGGGCCAGCGGCAAGUAUGAUGGCAAGACCGGUGCUGGUCAGCAGAUGAACGUCCUCGCAGCCGUGUCGUCUCUUCUCAUGGAGAACACCCCUCCUCCUGUCACAGCGAAGAAGGGAGGUACCUCCAAGGGUAACCCCAAUGCUGGUAACGUCGGAGACGGCAAGAUCGACAAGACUUACGGACCUCUUACUACUGCUGACAAGGCUGGUGCUGGUAUCCUGACCUUCCUGGUUCUGUCUUUUGCCUGCGGCAUGUUUGGCUGGAUGAGUCUGGGCAAAUAAAAUGGGAUCUUGCUUGAUAAUAUAAUGAUGCCGAACGACGCAGUCCGGUAGCACAUUUGUGCUUGUUUGCAGCAAUUUGAAGGAAUGGUAUUUCCGGGCGUUGGAUGGAGUAUACUUGACACAAGCAGUCAGGAGGCUGUGCUAUCUAUUUCUCUUUAAAUUUUACAAUGUUCACAGUAAA